AUACCACUGCUGAUGCUGUAAAAGGUCCUUCUGCUUUGACGCAACUGUCGUUCCUCUGGUUCUGGGGACACUUAGGCCCCGCGGGCCGAUUUUCAUAGUUCCCUGUGGCUCCGAGCCGAGGGAGCCGCAGUGUGGAACGGAAGGAACCGGUGAUCUCAGUGCUGAAAACAGGGAGAGUGUGUUUUCGUACCUGAUUUGUCUUGCCGCAGGGGCUUAAAAUGAGUCUGGGUGUGUGAAGAAGCAGUUCUUGAUGAAAUGUGUCCUCUGUGAGUGUGAUCUCACUGUUAUACUGGGAAGAUGCUAUUCUCUUGUGCCCAGUUCUUCUUAAAAGUACAGAUGCUCCUUAGGUUGCAGCUGCAUAAACGCAUCCUAAAUCGAAAAUGCGUUUUAAUACCCUUAUUAGCGAAAAGGAUGAAUAAGCUUUUGGAUUCAGCAAUGUGAGUCAGCAUUUUUUUGAGUGCUUAUGUGUCAUGUGAGUGUUUUACGUGUAUUAAACUCAUUUGGUCUUCAUAAGGGCAUCGCUACAGUUACUACGAAUGAAUCCCAUUUUACACAGAAACCAAAGAGAAGUUAAGGAAUGUGUCCAAGGACUCCCAAGUCGGAGGUGGAAUCAGCAAUGAAGCCUGAGCUCUAGAGGCUGUAUUCUGAACUACCCUUUUGCAGCUCACAAAAUACACUUUCGUUACUUUCAUAUGAAAACAAAUGAUUACAGCCAGUUUACAAAUGCUUUACUUUACUGGAGGAUUGAGAUGUUUGGCCAGUUUUCAAAAAUAAAUGUCAGAAGCAGCAUUUUCUUAUGUUGAUAAUUGUAUUACUAAUUCGUGGCACUCUGCAUUCUAUUGGAGUUAAGCUGUAUAUCAUUCCAUUUUUUAAUAAGUACAUAAUAAUGUUUAUGUAAGCCAAACUAUGAGACAGGAUAGUAUUGUGGUAUGGUCUCAGGCAGUCAAACCCGAAUGUGAAUAUUGGCUCCAUUUCUUAGUAGUCAUUAUGGCACUUCACCUCUUUUAGCUUCAUUUACUUUAGAAAAGUAGGAGUAAUAAGAUCUACCUCCCAGAAUAUUGUUGACAACAUAUUUUACAUAGAACCUGGCAUGUAUUAAGCAUUAAAAAUGGAAACUAAUGAACUCUAAAGCCAGAGGAGCAAUACAACUACUGAAAGAGCAGUUAUAAUAAAAUAAUAAUUAUGAAAAUUGUUGACAUUAACAUUGGUAAGAAGGUGAUUCCUAAUUAGCCACAUUUUUCAUAAAACAUUACCAUAUAGGAUUCUUUUCAUUAAGGCACAAAUGAUAUAUAAAUUAUGGUCGGGCUGUGCAUUCUCUUCUGCAAAAUUUUAGGUCAGACUUCAUGCUGCUGCUAAUUCCCUAAAAAAAGUCAAGUGCAUCCUUAUAACUAAAUUCUCUCUUUCUGGUUGAGUUUCUUUUAUAACUACCUUUUUCCAAAUCAGCUGGUAUUUAUUUGGGGAUGACAAGUGUAUUUUAAUAUUAGCUUAAUACAUAACCUAAAAAAUUUGUUAAUCAUAGUAACGUCUCUCUCGCUUUAACCUGAAUAGUCAAUGUAAAGGAUAUCCUUAAUACAACUUGAUUCCUAGAGCAAUUUUCUGCAGUUAUACUUCUAGGUUAUCUGUACCUCACUACUUAAGUCAGUGUGUACUUAGGGAAUGCAUGAAGUUUUAAAUGUUUUGUAGAAAAAUCAUGAGAAGUAUUUCUAUCCUAAACAAUGAUUAUGGAAGUAUUUACAGCAUAGCUUGGUAUUUACUGCAUUUGCUAGUUAUAAUUGACUUUGUUUGACUCCAGAGGUUUUAUAACACUUUCAUGAACUUCAUCACUGAUUGAAUGGUGAUGAAAUUGCCUUUUUUAAUGGCAGGUUGAUAUAUUAAUAUGAAAUAUUUCAAAUACUAAGAAGCAGUUUCUGUUGUUUCAUGAUUAUCAUGCUAAUUUAUAUAAAAAAAAGAUGUUUAUAAGCUUUUGUUUAAAGUAAAAGAAAAAUACAGGGGGGAGCUUGAGCCGAGCCCGGAGCCAGACCUGAACCCCUGAACCUCCGGCCAAGGGUGCCCCGGGAGCAGCCAGUCCGUGGGCGCAUUGGGCGCACCGCCCGCCUGCCGAGCAGGCAUGAGUGAGACGGUCAUCUGUUCCAGCCGGGCCACUGUGAUGGUUUAUGAUGACGGCAACAAGCGAUGGGUCCCUGCUCGCAUGGGUCCUCAGGCCUUCAGCCACGUCCAGAUCUACCACAACCCCACAGCCAAUUCCUUCUGCGUGGUGGGUCGGAAGAUGCAGCCUGACCAGCAGGUGGUCAUCAACUGUGCCAUCGUCCAGGGCGUCAAGUAUAAUCAAGCCACCCCUAAUUUCCAUCAGUGGCGCGAUGCCCGCCGGGUCUGGGGCCUCAACUUCAGCAGCAAGGAGGAUGCCGCCCAGUUUGCUGCGGGCAUGGCCAGUGCCCUAGAGGCGUUGGAAGGAGGUGGGUCCCCUCCACCGCCAGCACCUCCUGCCUGGUCGGUCCUCAAGGGCCCCUCCCCGGAGGAGGUGGAGCAGCAGAAAAGGCCCCAGCCCGGCCCGACAGAGCAUGUAGAGCGCCGUGUCUCCAAUGCAGGAGGCCCACCUGCUCCCCCUGCUGGGGGUCCACACCCACCACCAGGACCUCCCCCUCCUCCAGGUCCUCCCCUACCCCCAGGUUUGCCUCCCUCGGGGGUCCCAGCUGCAGCACACGGAGCUGGGGGAGGACCACCCCCUGCACCCCCUCUCCCAGCAGCACAGGGCCCCAGUGGUGGGGGGACUGGGGCCCCAGGCCUGGCUGCAGCUAUUGCUGGAGCCAAACUCAGGAAAGUCAGCAAGCAGGAGGAAUCCUCAGCAGGGCCCGUAGCCCCCAAAGCUGAGAGCGGUCGAAGCGGAGGUGGGGGACUCAUGGAAGAGAUGAACGCCAUGCUGGCCCGGAGAAGGAAAGCCACACAGGUUGGGGAGAAAACUCCCAAGGAUGAAUCUGCCAAUCAGGAGGAGCCAGAGGCCAGAGUCCUAGCCCAGAGUGAAUCUGUUUGGAGACCCUGGGAGAAGAACAGCACAACCUUGCCAAGGAUGAAGUUGUCUUCUUCGGUCACCACUUCUGAGACCCACCCCUACACGCCCAGCUCCGGCGAUGACUCGGACCUAGAGAGGGUGAAACAGGAGCUUCUGGAAGAGGUGAAGAAGGAAUUGCAGAAAGUGAAAGAGGAAAUCAUUGAAGCCUUUGUCCAGGAGCUGAGGAAGCGGGGUUCUCCCUGACCACAGGGACCCAGAAGACCCGCAUCUCCUUUCCACACGCCCCACCUGUCACCCUGCUUUCCCUGCCUCUACUUGACUUGGAAUUGGCUGAAGACUACACAGGAAUGCAUUGUUCCCACUCCCCAUCCCACUUGGAAACCUCCAAGGGGGUGUGGCUUCCCUGGCGCCCUGCCCUCACCCACACUGGCUGCUGAUUGGCUGGGGAGGUCCCCACCCUUUUCUCCCUUUGGUCCUUCCCCUCUGCCAUCCCCUUGGGGCCGGUCCCUCUGCUGGGGAUGCACCAAUGAACCCCACAGGAAGGGGGAAGGAAGGAGGGAAUUUCACAUUCCCUUGUUCUAGAUUCACUUUAACCCUUAAUGCCUUCAAAGUUUUGUUUUUUUAAGAAAAAAAAAAAAAAAAUAUAUAUAUAUAUAUAUAUUUGGGUUUUGGGGGAAAAGGGAAAUUUUUUUUUCCUCUUUGGUUUUGAUAAAAUGGGGUGUGGGAGUUUUAAAAUGCUAUAGCCCCGGCCUUGCCCCAUUUGGGGCAGCUAUUUAAGGGGAGGGGAUGUCUCACCAGGCUGGGGGUGCCUCACCCCACCCCAGGGACUCCUCUUCCCUCUGGCUCCUCCCCCUUUUCUAUGAGGAAUUAAGAUGCUGUAACUUUUUGGAACCCCAGUUUUUUGAUUUUUAAUUUGGGUAGGUUUUGGGGUCCAGGCCAUUUUUUUACCCCUCAGAGAAAAUAAGAUGAGGGACAAAGGAAAAGGGGAGGAAACUUCUCCCCUCCCACCUUCACCUUUAGCUUCUUGAAAAUGGGCCCCUGCAGAAUAAAUCUGCCAGUUUUUAUAAAAAAAAUAAAAAAAGAAAGAAAAAUACAAUUACUAAGUAAUUUACUUUCUACACCGUCUGAAUCCUGUUAGUAUAGCUGAUGAGUAUAUACUGUAGGGCCUUCCAUCUGAUGGGGAUUGCAAUGCUAACAGGGAUGAACAAACUGUUCCAGUUAAGCCUACACAUCAGGCUUUACCAAGUGGUCUCCUGACUCAGAUUCUUACUGUAGGCUUUCCUCUGGGCUUUACGGCACUCCAUCUUACUUACAAUCCUUUCCCGACCCUGCAUUUUUCCAUGUGUGUCAUCUCUACAAUCCUUUUAAUACCUCAGCCUGGUGACCACCUCUCUAUAUCCACUUCACUUUUUUCUUCUUUUAUGGUCAAUCUUUGUUGAGGCCUAUUUUUGGAAUAUUAGCAAAAAAAAGUGGUUCCUUACCAAGUUAUGGGGAUGGAGAGCUAAGUCUUCCAAUACUCCUGGCCAAUAAGGAUAAAAAUUUUUGUUCUUUUUUUUGUAAUUUUGGUAUGCAAAACAAAACAAAACAGUUCAGAUACUUCACUAAAAUGGGAGAAUAGCUGGACCCAGACUCAAAGGCCUGUUCCUUUAUAAUCUAGCGUGGAAGAGAGAGGGACGAUAUAUUAGUUAACUAAGCAAAAUUGCCAUGUUUUGUAAGUUCUGAGAAAGAUACAACUUGGGUGCUCUGAAAGUGAACUUUUAUAUAGAGACUUCAGAGUAGGCCUUUCUAGGGAGAUACUUAAGCAGAAAGGUGAAAAUAAAUAAGCAUAGGAGGGGGUGCAACCUGGCAAGGCAUUUGUCCAGCUAGUGCCUGAAAGCAUAUUUAGAGAAAGCAACUGACUUGUAAAAUGUUUAUAAAAUGGUGAAAGCACAGCACUGCCAGGUGGUAGGCUAUCCUUUGCAAAAGUUAGAUGAAUUUCUCAAAAAACUUUAUUGUGGUAAGAACACAACAAGACAUCUGCCCUCUUAAUAAAAUUUUAAGUGUACAAAACAUUAUCAUUAACUAUGGGAACAAUGUACAGCAGAUCUCUAGAGCUUAUUCAUCUUGCUUGAAACUUUAUGCCCACUGAUUACUAACUCCCCACCCCAGGUAAGCCACCAUUCCACUCUUUGAUUCUAUGAAUUUGACUAUUUUAGAUACUUAAUAUAAGUUAAAUUAUGUAGUAUUUGUAUUUCUGUGAAGUCCUCAAGAUUCAUCCAUUUUGUUGCAUAUUGCAGAAUUUUCUUCUUUUUUAAGACUGAGUAGUAUUCCUAUUUCUCCAAGACUAGAGCUCAGCACAUGUCCAGACAUAGCUGAAAUGGGCCAUCUUCCCCCUUUGCCAUGAGCUUUGAUUUGCCAGUAUAUGGCACAGUACCUUAACUUAGCAGACAUUUAAAUGUUUGUUGAUAUUAAAGAUAAUUGUCUUAAGCCAGAAGACCUGGAAGCUAGCCAUCCAUUUCUGUUCUUUGGCAAGAAUAGCUGACUACCAGAGAUCACACAGUAUUUUUCCAGUUAGUGUUGCUACUUGGCAAAUUCUGGAAUAAAACAAAUGUUACCUAUUUUUCAAGUGGAAAGGGGUUAUUUUAACACAUCACACGUUUGGUGUCAUUUUAGCCAGCAGAUGUCCCUAUUGUUCAGCAGGAUUUUUUGUUCAUUCCCAAGUAGUAACUUCAACAGUAGAUAGAAAUUUUGGGGCCUCAAGGGCAAGCCUGAACAGUAAUAAAGCUAAAGGGAUAAGGAUUAUACUUUGAAAUCAAAAUAUGAGAACUCUCUCUAGCAUUAAAAGUCUUGUAGAUUAAUCCCCUUCCUCUUCUAUUCACUGUAUAUUAAUUCCUUUACAUAAAAUAUGCAGUGAAAGAGAAAGAAGGAACUCCUAUAAUGUUUAUAACUUUCAGGAAUUUGUACAUUGGUAAUACACUCAUUCAUUUCAUUCAGCAGAUCUUCCUGAGCACCUGUUUUGGGCUGAGCACUAUUUUAGGCACAUGAAAUAUGGAGAACAAGAUAGACAAGAUCCCUGCUCUCAAGGAGCACAUAUUCUAACGAAGGAGCUUAAUUGUAGUAGUAUAGUGUAUCUGUGUGCCAAACAGUUUUGGGUAAAUUACUCAGUAAAUUACUGGCAAAUGCCUAUAAAACUUGCUCAUAAUUAACAACUUAAUGAGGGAUGAAGGCAAAAUAUGAAUCAAAUUGUGAUAGCAGCAGGAGACAGACAAAUUCCUAGGCAGAUGAGACAGGUCCUGGUGAAACCUGACCUUCAAGCCGAAGACAACCUGAAGCCUUAAAACCAGGCCGCCAGUUCCAAGUAGAAUCCAGUACCCAGAGAACUUCCUUGAAACCUUUCAACAGAUCAAAUGAUGCUUUUUCCAGGCCCACCGAUGGACCAAUCAGCACAUACUUCCUCCCGCCCAUGGACCAGUUAACACACACAGGCUCCAUUCUUAGCCCAUAAAAUCCCUGUACUCAUCCACAAGUCAGACUACCUCCCUGCAGAUAGGAGCUACCCACUUUGGGUCUCCUCUUGCUGAGAGCUCUUCUGUUACUCAAUGAAACUAUUCUCUACCUUGCUCACCCUCUGAUUAUCCACGUAACCUCAUGUUUCCUGGACACAGGAUAAGAAUUCAGGACCUCUUGAAUGGAGUGCAUGAAAAUGGAUGUAACACUUUCCUGGCUGGCUCACUGAGCAGUAGAUGAUGACAUGCUCCCAUUUGCUAGACUGUGGGGUAGUGAGGAGUAGUGACCCUUUUGGGGGCCCAGACCUUGGGAUUCCCUGAGCUAGAAUUAUAAUAUAGCCCUCCCGCCCUCUGCCAGUGUUGGGCAACUGCCCCAUGUGACAGGAAGUGGUGGUAGGGCUGAGCCAUCUGGGAGUGAUGGGCUAGAGUGAGGUAGUGGGACUGAAUGAGCUGAAAUAGGUACCCACCCUGGUUCACUGAGCUGCAGGCAGUGGGAAAGAGCUGUAGCAUGACUCCCACCCCCUACCCUUGAGGGCUCUGCAGUUGCUGGUGACUCCCAAGUUUUUGAGUGUCACCAUGUUCCCUUCAUCCAGACACCAGUGCCCACAGUGGAAUGUCACCAUGUUCCCUUCAUCCAGACACCAGUGCCCACAGUGGAAGCUACUUGCAGUAUGCCUGGUCCAGCUGCAGCCUGUAUGAAGCAGGUGCCUGUGCUGGUGCCUGGAGUUGCCUGCCCUGCUGUAGCAGCCAGUGUGCCUAUCUGUGUGCAGUGGCCAGACUCCGCACUUGCCUGUUUACAUACCCCUAACUUCUUCACACCUGGCCUGCCCUUGGCAGGCAUGUGAUCCAGGCUGGUAGUGUGAGCCAAGGGCAGACUGCCAGGCCUAGUGGGUGGAAUGGGCCCAGAGGGUGUGAGUGAAACUUAAGCAGAGGUGCUGCCAGCCACAGAGGUUUCUGGCUGGCAGAGUGACCCCCAAAGGAUCCUGUGACAAAAUUACUUGGUAUCAGAUUAAGCUAAAUUACAAAUGUUAGGAAAGAUGGGUCAAUGUGUUUCUUCUUGGAAAUUUCUGUUUUCAUGGUUUUAGGCAAAGUGUUUUAUGCACAAGAGAAGCACAUAUGUCCCCUUGUGUGAAAAGUCCCCUUUGGCUGGUGUUCUCUGAAUCCCUUUAACAGACAUACAACAUAUGUAUAUAAACAUGGGCAAUGUAGAGCUCUUUCUUGACCUGAUAUUGUUAAGAGUUAGAAUCUGGAGCAACAGAAAACACUGUUUGCCAAGCAUGUUAAACUAAAAUUACCUGAAAUAUCAACCCAGUCUUUUAAUAUCUAAUUUAAGAAUUACAUUGUAGUAAGUUGUAGUAAAUAUAACUAUACCAAAUUAAAUUUCAUAGCAUAAUACUUUUGUUAUAAUGACUGCAUCUUAAGUGGGCAGACCUGGUGAAGUCAUAUAAUAUAUAAUUUGUAAUUUAAUAAAAUUGGGGCUAAUAAAAUAUAGAAAGGAGUGUUUCUAUGGGCUUAGACUUGAGAAUAACAUUAUUAUAUAUAAUCAUAUUUUGUAAUUUCAGCAGUAUAUCUAUUUUAGCAAACCUAGGAUAAGGAAGAUAUGUGACUUCAGCAGUCACCGUAUCUCUAAUGUCUUUUUUUCUGUGUCUAUUUACAUUUCUUAACCAGAAAUUUACAUUUAUGUAGAACUUUUGGCCUGUGUUAAUUCAAUCUGGUGUAGGAAGUCAAGGCUAUCAGCCAUUUUCUGAAAUAAGGUGAAACUCCUUUCUCUAUUGGAUAAGCUCUCUUUUUGUUGAACAGAAGUCCAUUUUCAUCUGAUGCUGCAAUCUUUUUUCCUAUUCUUUUGGCAAGAACUGUCUGCCAUGGAAUCAUUCUCUGAGAACACUCUUGAUCUUGAACCUGUAAUAAAUUUUCACAACUAUCUCCUCUGAGAAGGAAUCCAUGGUACUUUACCAUUGUAGACCAGUUGAUGGAGAAAUAUGUGAUACAACAAUGUCUCAUACAUAAUGUUAUAAAUAACUAUGUCAUUUGAAAAGGCCAUAGUGAAUAUAGCAAUAUAUAAGAAAUCUGUCUCCUGCAAUGCGUAAAAGUGAAAACAAAUCUGAAGCCUUUUACUUUUAAGGUUUUCCUAUCUGUGUUUACUACAACAAUAUUUUUGAUAAAGUAAUAAGUCAAAUGAAGGAUUUUGGAUUUCUGUAGGGUAAAUGGCUUACAACUGAUGGUAACAUGCAACAGGUGACAAGGGUUUUCCUACCAUUCUCAUAUUCAC